AUGGGAGGAGGAGGCGGAGGCGGAGGCGGAGGCGAAGCGGGUGAAGCCGACCAUAACAGUUCUUCUGUUGGUGGUGGUGGUGGCGCCGCUACCACUGGCGUUCAGAUCCAGCCCAGUCGGAGAUUGCCGGAUUUCUUGCAGAGUGUGAAUCUGAAAUAUGUCAAGUUAGGUUACCAUUAUUUGAUUACACAUCUCCUAACCCUAUGCCUCAUCCCUCUCAUGGUCGUGAUCGUGAUCGAGGCUGCUCAGAUGAAUCCAGAGGAUGUCCGCCAGCUCUGGCUCCACCUCCAGUUUAAUCUCGUCAGCGUCAUCAUCUGCUCUACCUUCCUCGUCUUUGGCUCCACCGUCUACAUCAUGACUCGACCUCGCCCUGUCUACCUCGUGGACUAUUCAUGCUACCGUCCUCCUUCACAUCUCCAGGUCCGGUAUAGUCAAUUCAUGGAGCACUCCAGGCUCACCGGUGACUUCGACGAUUCAUCACUCGAAUUUCAACGCAAAAUCCUUGAGCGUUCCGGCCUCGGCGAGGAGACUUAUGUCCCCGAGGCGAUGCAUUACGUCCCUCCUCGACCUUCCAUGGCUGCUGCUCGUGAAGAGGCUGAGCAGGUCAUGUUUGGCGCUCUCGAAAAUCUCUUCCUCAACACCUCCAUUAAGCCCAAGGAUAUUGGGAUUCUUGUCGUGAAUUGUAGCCUCUUCAAUCCGACGCCUUCUCUGUCUGCCAUGAUCGUCAACAGAUACAAGUUGAGGGGGAACAUCCGGAGCUUUAAUUUGGGUGGUAUGGGUUGCAGUGCUGGAGUCAUCGCCGUUGACCUUGCAAAGGAUAUGCUCCAGGUGCAUCGGAACACCUAUGCUGUUGUUGUGAGCACAGAGAACAUUACGCAGAACUGGUACUUUGGGAACAAGAAGUCUAUGCUAAUACCUAAUUGCCUGUUCCGCGUCGGUGGCACUGCUCUGCUGCUCUCCAACAAGUCCGCCGAUCGGAAACGGGCCAAGUACAAGCUCGUUCAUGUCGUGAGGACCCACAAAGGUGCCGACGACAAGGCGUUCCAAUGUGUUUACCAGGAGCAAGAUGGUGCAGGUAAAACCGGGGUCUCGCUGUCUAAGGAUCUCAUGGCCAUUGCUGGAGGGGCCCUUAAGACCAACAUCACCACACUGGGCCCGAUCGUCCUCCCAAUUAGCGAGCAGCUUCUCUUCUUCGCCACUCUGGUGGCCAAGAAAUUCUUCAACGCCAAACUCAAGCCUUAUAUCCCUGAUUUCAAGCUUGCUUUCGAUCACUUCUGCAUACACGCCGGCGGAAGGGCUGUGAUUGAUGAGUUGGAGAAGAACUUGCAGCUGCUGCCCUUACAUGUUGAGGCUUCUAGGAUGACUCUCCAUCGUUUUGGGAACACGUCAUCCAGCUCUAUAUGGUAUGAGUUGGCCUAUAUUGAAGCCAAGGGGAGGAUGCGGAAGGGCCACCGUGUCUGGCAGAUUGCUUUUGGGAGUGGUUUCAAGUGUAACAGUGCAGUUUGGGAAGCCCUGCGCACUGUCAAGCCUUCUCCCAAGAGUCCCUGGGAUGAUUGCAUCGAUAGGUAUCCAGUGAAAACGGUUGCAUAGAUCAACCACAGCUUGGUUAAAGACUCUUCUUUCAGGAUAGGAGGGGAGAGCUAGUAGGAUCCAUUCUAUCCUCCCAACAGCGCAUAUUUGAAGAUCAAUACCAGGAUAUUAGUUACUGAUACAUGAGGUUCUGUCUCACUAUUUUAUUCAUCAGGUCUGCUCUCUGUUAUUUGACCAUGAAAUCAUAAUGUUGCCUCCUCUGUUGUUUUAGUUUCUUCUAUGCAUCUCUCAAACACUAGGACUGAUUUUUCAACUGCUGUUACUUGUACUAUAAUAUUUUGGGAUUUUUCAAGCUGAA